UCACUGCCUUCUUUUCCUCCAGUGCUCUCUCCCUUCUUUCUUCCAGUGACUCCAGGCUGAGAUCAACGGAUAGGAUGCUGUGCCUCAGCUCCCUGUCCACACUCCUCCUCCUGCUUCUCCUCUACCCCCCUCCGCUGUCAGCUCAGGAGGUGCUUGUUCGUCUGGCAGGUGUAGGGAGGCGCGGUGCAAAUGAGGGGCGUGUGGAGGUGUUCUAUAAUGGAGCGUGGGGCACCGUGUGUGAUGAUGAGGUGGAUCUUAACCUGGCCAACGUGGUGUGCAGACAGUUGGGCUUUCAACGCAGCUUUACUUGGGCGCACAGUGCCAAGUUUGGUGAGGGGCAAGGUCUGAUCUGGUUGGACAAUGUGCGCUGCAGGGGCACAGAGCUCUCUAUUGCAGAAUGUCUCUCCAAUGGGUGGGGAGUCAAUGACUGCACCCACGCUGAGGACCUGGGGGUCAUUUGCAGCCCAGAAAGGAGACCUGGCUUCCCCCCGGUCUCGUUGGGGGAGGCCACUUCAUCUUCCAGGCAACAACAAAGCCAACCAAGACAGAGAAACCCACUGCCACAGUCUGUGUCCCCUCCAGCUCCACCUGUGGCCCACAUCUCCUCUUCUUCUGCAAGAGGUCAUGAGAUUGCCCUCCAUCGCAACCCAUCCUCUACCCGUCGCAGCAGCGUCUCACCACAGGAAAACGGCCACGAGAUCCAGAUCCUGCGACGGAAUCGAGGAGGUUCCAGAACGACCCAGCAGGUGAGCCAGGCUUUGCCACAAGGACACGAGCUGCCUUCACAUCUGAUAAAUGGUGCAGCCUACAGGCAGAGGCAGGAGAUGGCGCGGAGCAGUCCACAAGCAGUGAGACGGGAGGCAGAGGGGCAGGUGAACAGGCAGCAGCAGCCUCAUUCCCAACUCCAGUCUGAGAGGGGGAGCGACAGGAAUCAGCAGCUCAGUGGGAACCAUGUGGAACCAGACCCAGGUUAUCCAGACAUGGGACUGGAGGCUGAUGCUCAGUACACACAGGGAUCUCAUAGGGUUCACUUAGAGGAGGUGCGUCUACGGCCUGUGCUGGGAAAUCAUGGCGGUCUGGUGACGGAGGGAGUGCUGGAAGUGAAGCAUGCUGGGAGGUGGCGUCACGUGUGUAACCAGGGAUGGGACAUGAGCAGCAGCAGGGUCGUCUGUGGCAUGUUAGGAUUCCCUGCUGCAGAGGCGUUCGACCAAAUCAGCUACAGGAAACAGUGGGAGUCCAAGUUAGCUGAUUCAUCCAGGCUGAGGACACAGAUUACUAAAAAGGCCUACUGGGUGGAGAAAGUGCAGUGUCAGGGUGUGGAGGCCUCUCUGUCACAGUGUCAGGCCCAGCUGUCCCUCCCCAGGAGUGAUGUGCCAUGCAGGGGAGGCAUGCAUGCUGUGGUCCGCUGUAUUCCUGGAUCCCAGUUCACACGUAAUGGAAGAGCGCCUGCACCACCUCCCGUGCCGCCUGUUGUGCGUCUGAAGGCAGGGCCCCGUCUUGGGGAGGGCCGUGUCGAGGUGCUGCAGGAGGGCAAGUGGGGCACUGUGUGUGACCACCUGUGGGACAUGACUGCAGCCAGCGUGGUCUGUAGGGAGCUGGGCUUCGGGACAGCAAAGGAGGCUCUCACUAAGGCUCAACUGGGACAGGGUACUGGUCCCAUCCACAUGAACAGUGUCCAGUGCACAGGCAGGGAGAAGUCCAUUACAGAGUGUCGCUACAGAGUGGUGCCACUUUACAGCUGCAAACACACCCAGGAUGUAGCAAUCCGCUGCAAUGUGCCCAACACUGGCAUGCAGACCACGGUGCGCCUGGCAGGAGGCAGAGAGCCAGCAGAGGGCCGUGUGGAGGUGCUGAUGGAUGUCGGAGGAGUGAGGCGCUGGGGAUCCGUCUGCAGUGAGAACUGGGGCAUCAAUGAGGCCAUGGUGGUGUGUCGACAGCUGGGACUGGGAUUUGCCUCAAGAGCUCAUCAGGAAACCUGGUACUGGCCUGGCUCCUCAGAUGCUGGGGAGGUGGUGCUGAGUGGGACCCACUGCAUCGGCACUGAGAUGUCUAUCCAGCAGUGUCGCAGAAACACACACGUCUACUGUCCCAGAGGAGGAGAAGGCAGGGCCGCAGGAGUCACAUGUGUGGAGACUGCUCCUGACCUCGUCCUAGACGCUCAGCUUGUCCAAGAAACAGCCUACCUGGAGGAUCGACCCCUCCACCUGCUGACCUGCGCCAAUGAGGAGAACUGCCUGUCCUCCUCAGCCGCCAGGAUGAACUGGCCCUACGGACACCGCCGCCUGCUGCGCUUCUCCUCUCGCAUCAUGAAUCUGGGCCGCGCCGAUUUCCGACCCCGGGCCUCCAGAGAAAGCUGGAUAUGGCACCAGUGUCACAGGCACUACCACAGCAUUGAGGUGUUCACCCACUACGAUCUGCUCACCCUCAAUGGGACCAAGGUGGCUGAAGGUCACAAAGCCAGCUUCUGUCUGGAGGACACCUACUGCCCUGACGGUAUCCAUAAACGGUAUGCCUGCUAUAACAUGGGACAGCAGGGUAUCUCAGUUGGCUGCUGGGACACAUACCGCCACGACAUUGACUGCCAGUGGGUCGACAUCACAGAUGUACGACCUGGUGAAUACAUCUUUCAG